AGAUAGCAACACAAUCAUGUCUUUGGAAUAUGCUGAUAGCUGUAAAUAUAAACUCUUUUUUUUUUAAUAUGCACUUGAAUCUGAAAAUGAUGUACUCAUGCAUAUCACAUGACCCCGCCUCCCCUGCACCCGGCCUGGCUUUAAAGCUGAUGAUGCAUGUUGCUGAAUAGGCUUGGGAAGCAUCACUAUAGCAACCGCAAACUGAAAGGCACUUCAGAGGAAAGCACCGAGAGGAAAUGUGACCUGGAUCAUUACUGGACGAAUCCUACAAGACCUACAACACGCCAGGACCACUUCUCAAGGUAACAGUGAGGAUUUAGGCACCCAGACGAUCAUGUCUUUGUUCAGCUGGAGCGAGCCGUACUAUCGGAGCCCACGGCGUGAGCCGUCUGAUGUGGUUGCGGACACCCUGAUGCUGGAGCUGAGCUGGCAGAUGAAAGAGGCAGAGAGGCUACAGCGUGAGCGGGACAACGAAUACCGGAGACUGAAGAGUGGUGUGGACUACAGCUGGCUCAUCAGCACACCUCGCAGUUCAUAUGACAUCAGUCAGGGAGAGAAACUGGGCCUUGAAGAUCUGUGUAGUCAAGUGCCACCAUCACACUGUGGAUCUGCAAUACAACGGUUUCGACAGGUUCUGAUGGAGAACGAGCCAGAAGUGCAUGAGGUUUCCGGACUCUUCCGGUCGGUGCUCACAGAGACCCUUGAGCGUGUUCAAGAGGAGCAGGAGGUUCAACGUCUGGGCCACCAGUGGAACAACAGACGCUCGUUCAGCCUGUCGCUGCUGAGCUUCAAGUCACGAGUGAGGAUCAACCCGUUCAGCAGCACGCUGGGACUAAAGUCAAACAGCUACGGCUCGGAGGAAGACGGCGUAGAUGUCAAGACUGUGUGUGGUGAUGUUGAGAAGGGCAUUGCACACACACCAGAUAAGGCACAGCAGAUGUGGAGCAUGCCAGAGAUUCGGCACAACGGCAUCAGUGGGAAAGCAUGAGAGUCAGCGCAAGUGAAAUUGUUAUACAAAAGCCGUCUGGUACUCCUGGUGUUUACUGAAUUUAGAUACAUUGAUAAAAACUGUCCUGAACAGGGAUUGUUUGAGAACUAAAGCUGUCAUCAGGACAUAACUGCCCUCAUACACCCAACAGUGUAAUGGAUGUUUUGUCACGAUCAUUCAAGAGCUACAACAAAAUUUUCAUGAAUAAUACAGAUUCUACUAUAAAUUAAAGCUGUCCUUCAUAUUUUUGGUCAUUUUAAUGUUUCAAUUUUGCAAUAAAGGGUUUUUAAAAUGUUGUAAAAUUGGUUCAGAAACAAACUAUUUUGUAAUUUUUUUGUUGUAUUUUUAUUGGUGUCAAACUGUUUUGUGGUGUGUUCUCACAAUCUUGUUAGUGUACAUGUAGUUGUUUUAUUGUCAUAUUAAUUUUCAUAAGAGGCAUGUGAGAUGUAUCCAGAUGGUUUAAUCAGACGCACGUGCUUUGCCGCGGUAACGCGUUUGCCCCAUGGUUAACUUCCGGUCUGUACUUGUUGAAAUGACCUCUGGAACAAUGUGGAAAAAAACUGUUUCGGUUUCAUAAAGAGACAGUGAGCAUGGAUCAUCGCUGUACGAAUUUGGCAGCCAGGCAAGAAUUUAAAGUCGGCAAGAAACGGAAGUCGCGAUCGCAUUGUGCCGUAUUUCCGACUGAAACAGAAUAUUAGGAGGGAACAUAGUGGGCGUGGCUUGUGUUUUCCACUGUGUUUUAUUAGAUAUAGAAAAGUAGGCGUUUCAUUUAAAAAUGGAACUGGUGGUAGACUGACACUAUGAAGGGGCGGAGUUAAUGGAUACUCCCACCCAAGUGGUUUAAUUGACAUUAGAAAAUGAUUGGCACAAGAAGUACAUUUUCAGAUUUCGAUUAAAGUUUAUGAGGGCACAUUAAUAGUUUUGUUUUUUUAUAAUAAUGACUUAAACAGAUAUUGUUUAUAAUAAACACUGCAAUAUUACAUUAAAAAAUAAGAAUUGUCAUUUUUAUUUGUUAGUACUUUAAGGAUCUGUAGCUAACAUUGUAGGGAUGUAGUGGAUACAUCGUGCGAUUCUGCUUGCUGUUUUUUUCAAAUAAUAAUGGUGAAAUGCCACUACAUCCAAAAGCCAGAUGGUGCUCUCGUGCAGAAACUUAGAGUGCACCUAUUUCAUUGCUAAAAAAAACAAUGUUGUGUAUUUGGUAAAAUACAAUGUGUUUGUGUGGUUUAUGGUUAAAACACAUUAUUUUCAACAUACCGUACAUUUUUGUAGCUCCAGAUUUCACUCUCUUUCUAAAAUGCACAGAUUUGAAAAGCUCUGUGUCCCUGAUUGGCCAGCUAAUCUGUACGUUGUGAUUGGUCUGAAUACCUCUGACGUCAGCUGGAAAUGUGACGCUCCUUACCAUGUUUGAAAGAUUCGGUUGCUAACUGGAGUUAAUUUACAAGCUGUGAGUACAGGGUCUUGUCUACAUCACCAAUCCCAGGAAGUAAACUGUUGACUACAAUCCAAAUGUUUGUUGUAGUCCAAGAAAAGAGAUUUACAUUGGAGACGAUAACUCGCGUCAUCGUUUACUUUUUGCACAUUGUUAACAUGAACUAAUACUAACUCACACACCAAAGGUAAAAUCGUGAAUCGGACCAUAGGUGCUCUUUAUU